AUGAAUCCAAGCAGCGACAACAUUUCGAACAUGGAUCAUGACGCCCAAUCGGCGCAGAGCAGCGGCUACGAGAGCGACAACUGGGUCACCAUUAGCCCAUACAGUCAGAGUCCAUAUGCCAACAGUCCUAUGAACGAGUAUUCCGGGUUCGGAUUCAUGCCUCACGGUUUGCCGUCCGACUCUAUCCAACGAAUGCCCCCUCCAGGAAUGGCACCGCAUCCGAGUCACCACCAGCCACACCAGCUGAUACAGCCAGCGCCGCCGUCCAUUGCCCCCCAUCAGCUUCCAAUUCUGAGAACGACGUGGCCAAGCCAGCUGACGAACCCGACGCCAACGACCUCAGCAGGUGGCUACUCGGCAGUGUCCAUGCCCAUGACACCCGUUUCUGGUGGUGCACCCCCGACAUUUGUGCCCCUAUCGUCCACAGCGCCGCUUGCGACAUCUUCCAACGGUAAAUCCGGAGAGGGGUUGAAGAUGGUGAAGAGUUUGAAGAUAAUCGAGAAGAUUCCGAGGAAGACGUUGAGCGCGGAGCAGAAACAAGCCAUGUGCCAGUACCAUGACGAGAAUCCGGGUGUAAGGCAGGCAGACAUCGGUGCAAAGUUCGGCGUGGAGCGAAGCACCGUCUCCAAGGUGUUGCGGUACAGGAAUCAGCACCUGAAACGGGAGCAAGAGGCGGCGAAUGCUUUUAAACGCGGCAAGACCAGGCAAACAGACUUCGACAGAACCCUCAGCAGCUAUAUUCGAAGACAGCGGAAGCGUGGAUUGGACAUCACAGACGACGAGAUCAUGGAACAAGCCAAGUUGUAUGCCCGAGCUGGCGGAUAUCACGAGAGUCUGCUGGGCACUCUGACCAGCGGCUGGCUCCAAAAGUUUAAACAAAAACACAAAGUCGGCUUAGGCAGGCCCUUGAGGCGCGCAUCGGGAACACACAUUCCUGACAGCGCGAGACUGUCGACGACACUUCCCACCCUCAUCAAGUCAGCGACGCAUAGCGUCGUCGCCCCAGCGUCGCCCACGCAACCGAUCUCGCCCCUGUCGGGGGAUCGGAGCGACGAGGAUCUCCACAAGGAAACUCUUGAGUUUGAAUUAACAUACAGCGCCCAGGCGUCCCAGUCGAACAAUGAGCUCUCUGGCGAUAUGCGAGACUGCUGUGCAACCUUCUCGGCCGGUACAGUCAGCCCGGCAGCCUCCUUUCACUUCUCCCCUAACCCGGCCACUGGCGACACAUUUGCCGUUGACAACUCUUUGCAACUUCACGUUGCUGAUGGUUCCCACUUCCACCACCGCGAGAGGAGGAGCCACACGUUCCCAUCCAUUGAUGUCAACUUUCUUAAUCAAGAGCAGCCGGUAGCAGAAGAGCCGGUAACACCCCGGCACCCGCCUGCUGCCACUUCACCUUCCUCUACUGCGGUUCCUUCUCCCGGAAUCGACAACUGCAUGGGUCCCAUUGUCUGCACAGCGCUAAACUCUCCACCUUCUCUCCAACGUACUAGCAGCAAUUCCAGCAUCACUGAUCCCGUAUUAGGUUCACCGGCAGAAUCAUCGCCCGCAUCUCCUACGCAAGAAGAGGCACGACAGGCGGCCAGCACACUACUUAACUACAUACGGAGGAUGGGAUCUCUUGGACAUUUUGACCAGGGCGAAUACAUGGCUGUUGUACAGCUGACCAAGAAAUUGCAAAUACACCAGAGCCAAAGCUCCCAGCCAUCGAUUGAAGACAUACUGACAUCUGCUGAAGCAGCCAUGGAAGUGCGAUGUGUGUGA